UGGAAACCCCGUGCGGGCAGGCGCAGCGCUCUUUCGGGGAGCCGCCAUUCCGCGAGCAGGUCGCGAGUGAGUCUUCGCUCCGCGGCCGCACGGGUGGCCGCGUCGUCGUCCCCUCCCCGCCUCUCCCCCGCAGGUGCCGGCCUCGCCAUGCAGAUCUUCGUGAAGACCCUCACGGGGAAAACCAUCACUCUCGAGGUUGAGCCUUCUGAUACUAUAGAAAAUGUAAAAACUAAGAUUCAGGACAAGGAGGGCAUUCCUCCAGAUCAGCAGCGACUGAUUUUUGCUGGUAAGCAGCUAGAAGAUGGACGCACGCUGUCUGACUACAAUAUUCAAAAAGAGUCAACACUUCACCUUGUGCUGAGACUUCGUGGUGGUGCCAAGAAAAGAAAGAAGAAGUCUUACACUACUCCCAAGAAGAACAAGCAUAAGAGAAAGAAGGUUAAGCUUGCAGUGCUCAAGUACUAUAAGGUGGACGAGAACGGCAAGAUCAGUCGUCUGCGCCGGGAGUGCCCCUCUGAGGAAUGUGGAGCUGGAGUCUUCAUGGCUAGUCACUUUGACAGACACUAUUGUGGCAAAUGCUGUCUGACAUACUGCUUCAAUAAACCAGAAGACAAGUAAAUGUACUAGACAAUAAAAAUCUGAAGUUCUGUA